AAGGCCGCAAUAAGCAAGUCAUGGCCAAAAUAAUGCUCAAGCUUCUUGAAACCGAUCGUCAGCUGGGCUCGGAGUUCAUAGAACAAUGGGAGAAGUGGAAGCGGUCUGACAAGGUGUACGAUGCUCAGUAUGAGGCGAACCACUGCGACAACCUGCAGAAAUAUUUGACUCUAUGCUACGGUAUGAGGGAUUGCCAAGGGAUACUUGCGAUGGCUUGCUUUGCAUACAAGAUCACUUUGUCAGACCAGGAAGAAGCAAUGACUCUACCGUUGCCAAGCUUCUCAUGGAACUUUUCAUCCUGCACAAUGAUUACUACUCGUGGGAAAAAGAGAAUGACUCCUGUCAAACGAAGGAGAACAAGCUACCCAUUUCGAACGCGGUCACCCUGUUCAUGAAGUGGCACUCCAUGCCAAUAGAAGAGGCAAAAGCAGCUGUUAAAACGGCCGCGGUUGAAAGGGAGCAGCAAUAUCUUCAAGCCAAAGAGGAAUUCUGGGAACAACAAAGGAGCCUAGACGCAUCUGCCUCCUCAAAAUAUAAGGAAAUGGCUAGACAUCAUGGAGCACGUUGUAGCAGGGAAUCUCCUUUGGAGCAUUUCCAGUUCCCGGUCCCAAGGCAACCUGAACAACCAACACCUUGAUUAUCAUCAAAUGAGGUGAAGUCAAGGAUACAAUUUCGCCGAAGAUUGCACAAAAUUAGAGUCAUUCGUGAAGCCUCAAGCUAUGACUGAACCAGUUAAUGGAGUGUGCAGCACAGCUGAGCGUCAGAGAGACGAUCUUAAUGGCCAGUUCACGGCCUUUUUAGACCUGGCUCUAGAGCCCUUCGACGAAACUGUUACCAAGUAUCCUUCCACAUAUGUCAGAUCAUUACCUUCGAAAAAGAUGCGGCAAAUAUUCAUCGAUGCGU